AUGGCGGGCGCGCUUGCCUGUCUCCUGCCCAACCUCGGUGGUCCAAAGACAAUGGUGAGGCGGCUGUAUGCCAACACGGUCCACUCAAUGGCCCUUUACGGGGCCCCAGUGUGGGCGGGUGAGAUAGGGGCCAGUCGUCGCAUACGGGCGCUAGUUAAUAGCGCCCAGCGCGUCAUGGCCAACCGUCUCACCUGCGCGUAUCGGACCGUGUCGCAUGCAGCCGCUACGGUCCUGGCCGGCAUGAUCCCUGCGGACCUCCUUGCUAGGAUGUACGCUGACACGUACACCCGCCUAAGGAGGCUCCGCAAUGAGGGUGAAGCUCUGUCGGCUGGGACCAUAGGACGGAUCCGAGCCCUGGCCCGGCGCAGGGCCCUCCGACGCUGGAAAAGGCAACUCGGGGGGCCCAACGUGCCGGGCAGGCGGACCAUCGAGGCCAUCCGCCCCUGUCUCCUCGAAUGGGUGGACAGGGGCCAUGGCGGGUUGAACUUCCACCUGACACAGGUGCUCACCGGGCACGGCUGCUUCGGUGAGUACCUGUGUCGCAUAGGUAAAGAGCGUACGACGCAUUGCCACCACUGUGCGGCCGAUCGGGACACCGCGCAGCACACCCUGGCCGAAUGCCAGGCGUAG